CAGAGUGCAGAGCCAAUGAGAACACUCCAUCUGUAAGCAUGGCGUCGGACUUCAGGUGGAGAUGUGUGGUGCUCCUUCUCUGCACAUAUUUCCUUUGUUUGUUAGCGACAGACAGCAAAAUUAAGGCCAAGAAAAAGAAGGAUAUCCGAGACUACAAUGAUGCUGACAUGGCGCGGCUCCUGGAACAAUGGGAGGAGGACGAUGACAUUGAGGAAGGUGACCUCCCAGAGCACAAGAGGUCUCCUCCUCCCAUCGACUUCGCCAAGGUGGACCCCUCCAAACCAGAGGAGCUGCUGAAGAUGUCAAAGAAGGGAAAGACUCUGAUGGUGUUUGCGACAGUGUCGGGGGAUCCCACCGAGAAGGAGACGGAGGAGCUCACCGGCCUGUGGCAGGGCAGCCUCUUCAACGCCAACUACGACAUUCAGAGGUUCGUGGUGGGCUCCAACAGGGUGAUCUUCAUGCUGCGGGACGGCAGCUACGCCUGGGAGGUCAAAGACUUCCUGAUAUCCCAGGAGCGCUGCGCCGACGUCACUGUGGAGGGACAGGUGUUCCCCGGGAAGGCCGGCAAGAAGGAUGACAGCAAAGACAAGCAGCCCAAUGAAGUCAACACUAAGAAGAAGGGCAAGAAGAAGACUGAGAGCAAGAAGCCUGAUCUGGAGGGAAACAACGCCGGCCAUCUGAAACAGGAGCUGUGAUGGAGCAGACUGAGGACUCACAGGGUCUUUUCUUCGGUGGCGAUGGGCUGCAGGAGCAUGUGACGAUGCUUUUUCACAGUCCUGGGAACAUGCUGCAGUGACAAGAACAUUUUGGAAACCGUUUUUCUGCCACAGAAUGAAACGCUCGUUAAAAUCAGUGCUGUGUGGCUCCUUUACUUACUUAUUGUUGUUAUAAAAUCUUCAGCUGAAACCCUUUAAAUGUUAUGUUGUUUUGAAAGGUACACAUGGCAAUAAUGAUCCACCUUUUUUAAUUUCUCUUUGUGCCAAGAGCUGUGUUGAGUGUGUCUCCUGUAGCAACGCAUUAUAGAGUCAUCGAUCAGACCGGCGGCUCCUGGUGUGUGUGUUGUGUUUGUUCACAUCCAGCAGCAUUUCAAUAUUUGACACACAAGUAACACCUGCAUUAUUGUUUGAUUUUUCACAGGAUAUGAGAUUAAAAGAUUUUUUUUAUACAAUCA